AUGGCAUCCGAAGUAUCCUUGAAUGUGGCAGCUGUCCUCGACCUGGCCGCGAGUCUACGACCCGGGCCCUGCACCGCCUGCCAGGUCAUGGGAACGCCACUCUACGGCAGCUUCAACAAGGUGCUCAUUGUGAGAUUUGACGAUGGUCUUAAAUGGAUUUUUCGCACGCCGAGACGCGACAAGAAUGGGCAGAACCUGCCUCCCCGGCUGCUGAAGGCACUGAUAGGCAGCGAAGUGACGACACUCAACUUUCUCGCCCGCCACAGCACUGUACCGGUCCCUCGAGUACUCGCCUAUAGCGUGGGCGUUCCUUACAUCCUCAUGACUUGUGCGCUUGGGCAGUCCUUUUCGGCAUUUAUGCGCCGUAUGCAAAAUGCUAGCUCAAGAGACAAGUUGCAUGCGACAACAAAGGUCAUGAAACAGCUGGGUGAGAUGUGCUUUGAAAUGUCGAAGCUCCGAUUUGAAAAGAUUGGCUCUAUCCAGGAACGCGAUGGCCGCUUCGGACUCGGAGAGAUGCACGCGCCAGCGUUUAUUUUCCAAGACCGUCACAGUAUUAUCAUGGAUCGCGGCCCCUUCUCGAGGGAGCAGGACUACUAUAAAGCCUUGAGCAAGGCUUUUUUUGGACAUGUCCACGGCCUCUCCAUGAGCCAUCACUUUUUCUGGGGACCCUUCCCUGAGUUACCGGCUUACCCAGACCCGGAGAGUCACCGGAUCAUCUUGGAUCGCUGGAACGACUUCGUGACAGUCGACGACAAGAUCGAGAGCAGCGAAAACCGCGUCCAGUACCACACUGCGGGCACGCUGGUGGAAGACAUUAUUCCCCAGCUCUGCGCAUCGCAAACCGGCAUGGGGUUUCCGCUUGGCCACGCUGAUCUUAGCAGCAGCAAUAUUUUUGUUGACGAAAGUUGCAACAUCACUUGCAUCAUUGACUGGGAGUUUGCUUCAACCAUGCCGCUUGGGCAGUUGCUUACUGCACCCGGGCUGCCGAACCAGCGACGGCUGCCCUCGGCCGCAGAGCUUGUGGCCUUCCGAACUGGCUUUGAAGCUGCGGCUGGGAAUACCAUCGUCGAGCCCCGGAUCCCGUGGAUCUUGACCGACGUGCUGUGGCAUUACAUGCGAUGGGUCCAUCUUGACACGGGCGACGAUUACCGCCACUUUGAGGCGCUUUUCAGCCUGCACCCCGAGUUUGCCGCCCGGGAUCCUCUGCUGAUCAUUGACGAGCUGCAAGGUAGCGUUGAUAUCCAAGAGGCGAGGCAGUACCUCAAGGCGAGGGAGCGCGAGCCGGACGAGAUCAAGCGCGACGAGGACUGGUACUUUGGGGUGACAGACGAGGGCCCAAGGCAGCGCCGCAUUGCAGAAAUACUGACGAAGAGAUUUUGGUUGAGGCGUCAGAUCCUUGGGCCGAGGUUUUGGAUGGAAACUUUGCGGGAAGAUUUUCGAGACCCUGAGGAGUCUUCAGGCAGGUCGAAUUCCGAUUCGCGGAUGCCAGACGGCGCGUAA